AUGAGCGACGAUCAUGGUGGCACACUGGAAGCAGAACUGGAAACUCAGGAUCCCAAGGCGCCCGACGCGGGAUCGGACGAUGAGGAGGACGAGGAGGAUGCGGGAGGGGUGUCGGACGGGCAGCAGGAGGGUUCUGGCGGCGAGUCCAAAGAGGGAGGAGGGGAGACGGCGAACGGAACGGGGAAAAAGAAGAAGAAAAAGCAGAAAAAGCGCAAGAAGAAGGGCGCGGGUGGGGGAUCCAGUGACAGCGCCUCCUCGGGUUCCGCCUCCCCAGGCGCUUCUCCGCCCACCUCCCCUUCCGCCAAUUCCGCGCCCUCCGCUUCGUUCCCCCCAUCGUCGUCUGCGGAUGCGCCCCUGUGCCAGCCGGACCUGGAUGACAUGCUUCCGGUUGAGGUGGCGGAAAAGAGGUUUGCGGCAGCGCUGGAGUCGAUGCGCAGCAAGGCGGAUCUGUGCAUGUGGGUGCAGCUAGCGCGGUGCCGUGUGGGCGACAAGAAGCUGCGCCGCCUCACAGACGCGCUCAUCCACUGCGAGACAGUCACCUCUGUGGACUUAUCAGAGAACCUUAUAUCGGAUGCAGGCCUGCGCCAGCUCGCCUGCGCGCUCUCCGCCCCAAGCGCCGCCCCGGAUUUGAUUUCCCUGAACGUAAAGCGCAAUCCGAUUUCGGCUUCCGGGCGGGCGUGUCUGGCGAAUCUGCAGGCUGUGAGGAAGCUAGUGAGGGUGAGUGGGGGUGGUGGGUGGGGGCACGGGGCUGUCCGUGAGUACGAGGAGAGCCCGCCUCCAGCAGCACAGGAGAAGAAGGGCGCGCAGGGAGGCAAGGGGCAGGGCAUGGCGGACCCACGUGGCUUUGAAAGCGGGGAGCGGAUGGGGGGGGGGUUGGCCAGCAAGGCGAGCAACCCACAGAUCCGGAUUGACGCGGCCGUCCGGUUCAUCAGGGAAGCAUCCGAGAAGCUGCAGCAGAUGGCACCUGAGGGCAGCAGCAGGCGGAGCAUAGCGACACGGGUGUUUGAUUCGAGCAUGAUGACGGAGGCACUGGAGGACGUGGUGGAGCUCGUGGAUGCUGACCUGCGCCGCAACCCCUCAAAGUCCUACCACAACUCGCCCAUCAACAAGCUUCCCUUACCGCUGCGGCUGGUGGUGGAAAGUCUACCGACGUUCGCCUCCCUGCUGGAGCUACCCAUACCGCCCCAGCAGUGCCAGCGCAAGCUGGCAGAGCCAGCAGCGGGGCGGCACCGCAUCCUGGCGGUGCUGCUGCUGCGCAAGGUGCUGGGGGCGUGUGGGCGCGUGGUGGAUGACCGGCUGGCACGGGAGGACUUGGGGCGCAAGGUGGCGGCGCUGCUGUUUGACUUCCCCUGGAGCAACGUGCUGCACCACGGGGUCUGCUGCUUCCUCAUGUCCGCCCUGGAGCGUCCCAACUCAUCCCUCUCCUCGUCUCUCCUUGACCCUCCUCUUUCCGAUGACUCCUCCUCCUCCACAUCAUCCACCAUCACUGCUCUCUCCUCGUCGCCGGCUCUGCCCUCCUCCUCUCCACCUGCUGCCACGACCAGGGGGGACGAGGGGGCAGUGAGGAAGGCCCGGGGGAGCGGGCAGGGGGAGGGGGAGGCGGACCCCCGUCCCCAGGUGGAUGUAGAGCCAGAGGCCAAGCGUGGGCGCGUGAAUGGGGAGAAGGGGGAAGCAGGAGGGAAGGGGGGAGCAGAAGAGGAAGGGACAAAUAAGGUAGCAGAGGUGACGGGUGGUGGGGCGGAGGAGGGUGGUAGUGGGACUGUUGAUAGCGAGGCUGUUAGUAGUGAGGUGGAGACGGUGGAGAGGGAGGGCCCAGGAGAGGAAGAGAAGGGGGCAGAAGAUAAGGGCCAAAACGAGGACAAGGGGAAGGGGGAUAAACGGGAGGAAGGGGAGGGGAAUAGCAAGGGGGAGGGUGAAGGGGAGAAGCAGGCAGCAGCGUCAGCAGCGGCAUCAGAUCCAACAGGUCCUUCAGGGCCACUGGCUCUGCCUGUGAGGCUGGCAGUGACGGCGGCUCCCUGGGUCAACACAUCCAUUGGCCAACGACCCGGGCAUGCAGGCCCAAUCAUUCAGCUCAUGUUUGACAUUAGGGGCAGAGCAACCACCAGUGCGCCACUGCAGGUAUGCACCCUCACUCUCAACCUCUGCACGUGUGCACCCUCACUCUCAACCACUGCGCGUGUGCACCCUCACUCUCAACCACUGCACGUGUGCACCCUCACUCUCAACCAUUGCACGUGUGCACACCUCUCACUCUGCACAUCUCUCACUUCCCCCUCUCAUUCCCCCUCCCUUCCCCCUCUCAUUCCCCCUCCCUUCCCCCCUCUCCCUCCCCCCUUCCGUCCCCACCCAUGGCAGGCGAAGCUAGAAAAGCUGCCAGAGUGGCAGGUGUUUGCCCAGGCAGGGGGGCAGCUGGACGAGCUGCUUUCACAGCAGCACGGUGCUCUGUGUGGGCCCAAGCCAGUGGUGCCGGGCAGUGAUGUGCCUGACAUGGGUGCAGGCAGUGGCGGGCAAAGCAUGCUGUUUGGGGAGCCCGACCUGCCACCCUCUUUUCCACUACGCGCGUCCGCCAUGGAUUUCCACCUUGAGACAACAGAUAGCCAGCAAAUUCUCGGAAGCAGCGUUUUGCUCUCACGCGCUGCUUCCGAGCCCUGUUCUUCCGCCAGAUAUCGCGCCGAGGAUCCCGGUGGACCGCCGUAUAAAACUCGCCGUAUCCGCUCAGGAGCAAUAGCACCAGCAGCCGACAGUCCCAUGGCGGCAGCGUCAGUGGCGGCGCCGCAAGAGCCGGCGGUGAUGGCGGUCCGAAUCAACCGGCCGGACCUGCAGUCUUUGACGGACGUCGUUAACGCUGACGGCCACGCGUGGCUGAAGUACGGCGAGAAGCGCAUUAGCAAGAACACUGUCAUGAGGGCGAGUGCCAGAUCGAGCGACAGUGCGAGCGACAGGGCGAGCGAGAGGGCGAGCACGGCUGCCUACAUGGUGAUGGGCCUUGGCGAGAGUGAAGCACUGCGGGGGAAUGUGGAGGAGGAGAGCCGGCACGUCACAGACAUGGCGAUGACAGGAGGGGCGGCACGCGCUGGCUCCACUCACACGAGUGCCGGCGCUGCUUUCUGUGGCGCCGGUGCUGCUGCCUGCUUCCCUGUGCUCGCCGCGAUGCUCCCUGCUGCAGCGAACGCCACGGAGAACAUCGCAGCGACUGCUGAUCCGUGGAGUGGCAACAACAGGGUGGCAGUGAGCGCGCGAGUAUCGGAGCUGCAUACAACGAGGAUGGGCAGUCUAGUUCGAGCAGACGGCUUGGCGUGGGGCGGCCACGGAGGAGGAGAGCAGGGGGGCGUGCGGGAACAUGCAGACGGUGCUGCCCCCGCUGCUGCUGCUGCCAUGGCUGCCGGUCCAGCCCGUGCCCGCAUCAGUGCAUGUGCUCAAGGAACUUUUCUCAUGAGCUGGCGCUGCUGCAAGCAGGAGGAGCAGAGGGAGGAUGAGAAAGGGGAGGGGGAGCACCUGUCGCUGGACCUCUCACUCAGCGCCCCUGGGACGUGUCAGGGCCAAGAGACGGUCGGGCGUGCUGCAUGCGCGAGGGACAUCAAGGCAUGGGGGAGAGAGGAGCCUGUGGCUGGCACUACCGGACAAGCGGCCCUUCUCAGCACGAUUCCCGUUCAUCAAUCCGAGGCCGGCAGAAUGGCCGCGUGGCACCGAGGCGCCACGCGCUCCGACCAGCGGCCACGUGUCGACCCCGAGGAGUGCAUGCGUGCGUGGCGGUCGUUUCUCGCGGCGCUCGGCGCGCCGAGCAGCCUAAUGCAUCACGACUCGCAGAUCAGGCGAGUUUUGUCUCCACCCUCGCGCAUAGUAAUCAGGCACCACAUAGUAAUCUCUCUCUUACACCUUCGCGCGCUCCCUUCCUUCCGCUUCCACCCUUCCACUCCCUUCCUUCCUCUCCCCUCCUUCCGCUCCCCUCCUUCCUCUCCCCUCCUUCCUCUCCCCUCCUUCCGCUCCCCUCCUUCCGCUCCCCUCCUUCCGCUCCCCUCCUUCCGCUCCCCUCCUUCCGCUCCCCUCCUUCCGCUCCCGUCCUUCCCCUUCCCUGCUUCCACUACCCGCCUUCCGCGCCCGUCGUUGCGCUCCUCACCUCCGCCCCGCUUUGCUUCUCAGCUCCCGCCCCACCUCCCCCUUACCCUGUCCGUGCCCUCCCCGUAUUCUUCCAGUGGAUCGUUCCGCCCUUUCCUCCGCCCGUUUGCGCUUGGCGCGCUGAUGGGCUCCCUGCUUGUCACCAUCUCGCUUCUCUCCGCCAAUCCCCCCCGCGCUGACCCCUCCGCGGCUGUAGCUUCCGCCAGUGGAGCGGGGGGCGCGGGGACGUUGGGGGUAGCGGGCGCAAAGGGGGAUGCAGAAAGUGGCGCAAGCUACACGGGACCCCGGGAAGGGGAGUUGUUUUUGCGCGGUGAUGUAACGAGCGGUGUGGUAACCAGCAAUGUGGUAACCAUGUCAUCGUCAGGAGGGGCUCUAGAUGCAGUUGAUUCUCUGCCGGGCCUGUCGGAGGGGUUCGGCUUGGCACUGACGGACCUGGAGCAGAGGGACCCCACGCGCCUGGCCCUCCAGCUCAGCAACCGCCAGCUGGCAGCGCUGAUCGCUGACGUGGCGCAAUGGCGGGCGAGGAGUGGUGCCAGCAUGGACCGCGUGCUGAGCGCGGCCAGGGAGGUGGGGGGUGUUUGGGGCGAGGGGCGGGCAGGGAGGGGCAACGGGGACGUGCGUGGGGGAGUAUGGGUUGGGGGAGUGUGGGGUGGGGGAGUGUGGGGUGGGGGAGUGUGGGGUGGGGGAGUGUGGGGUGGGGGAGUGUGGGGUGGGGAAGUGUGGGGCUUCUCGUUUCAUUGGAGGGAGCUCCGCACCCUCCUUGCUUCUCCGCCCUCCGCCAUCCAACUCUUUCCGCCCUCCUCGCUCCCCCUCCUCCUCUCCUUCCUCCGUCCCCCCAACACCUCUACCCACCCCACUGCCGCCGCCCUCUCUGCUGCUCUCACCGUUCUCCUGCCCAUCUUACCUGCUUCCGUUUCCUCCCUCACUGCUGCUGCCGCUGCUGCCCCUGCUGCUGCUUCUGGGGACGCAGGAGGGGGAGAGGGAGGUGAAGGGGGAAGGAGUGGGAAGGCAGGAAGGGAAGGGGGUGUGUGGAGGGGAGGAGUGGACGGCAUGGAGAGGUGCAUGGCGCUCAUGUGUCAAGUGGAAAGGCAGCAGAUGAUGUAUGCUCGAGCCAAUUCUACAAGCUGUCAGCUGUUACCCUUGACUGAGUCUCAAAGGGCAUCUCUCGCCUCUGUGUACUCGCCCAGUAGACCACCCGACUCACGCAUCAUCUGCUCUGCUCCCUCUGUGCACACGGCAGCAAGGGAGGAGUAUGACGAGUUGGUGCGCGAGAGAAGGGCGUGGGAGGUGGUGGGGUUGCAUUGGGAGUGGGUGGAGGCGCGGAGAGAGUGGAUGGGGCCUGCUCGCAGCACCAUGGAGGCACUUCAGCGCCUCAUGAGCAUGCCGCCCGGUUCAGGCAUAUUCCGCAAGCUCUUUGACUACAUAUUCUGGCUGCGCCCCUACGUUGCUCUCUUCCGCUCCAUACCCACCCCCGCACUCUCCUCCCUCUCAUCCCUCCGCCUCUCCUCCAUCCGCUUCUUCCUCUCUCUCGACGGGCGGCAAGCAGCGUCCACUCUCAAUGCCGCCCGCUCCUCCCUCCUCUCCUCCCUCCGGACUCUCUCCUCCCGCUGCGGUGUCGACGCGGGCGGGGAGUUUUGGACUGACAUGCAUGAUGCCGCCCUGCAGCGGUACCGGUGGGUGGCGGAAGCAGCGUUUGACAAGUGGUGCGUGGAUUGGGCGGCGGUGGGCGGUGGGUAUCGGCAGCGUGCGGGGAUGGUGGUUCCUGGGGAGGUGUGGAGGAGGGAGGGAUUGCAUGGUGGGGGGAUGGAGAAGGAUAUAGAGAAGGGGUUGAGAGGGACGGGGGGGAGUGAGAGCGAACGAGACCUGGAGAGACAAGGGAAGGGAGGAGAUAAGGGGGCAGUGAGGGCAGACGAGGGCGGAGGGGGAACGGAGGGGCAAGAAACACCAGAGGCGAACGCGAGGAGGAGGGAAGGGGAGAGAGCAAGUGUGGGGCGGAUGGGGCCACAGCCGGAGUUCUCCUUCCUGCUCCUACCUGACCCACUCUCCCCGCCACCGGCGGUGGGGAAGGGAGGGGGGUUGGAUGCGCGGGCAGUGGUGGAGGUGGUGGUGGGGUGCAUGCGGCAUGUGGGGUUCAAUGCCUCGGGCAGUGGGCUGGGCGUGCCUGCAGAGCUGCUCGUGCUGCUGGGCGUGGGGCGAGAGGGACAGCGUGGGCAGGCUAAGGGGCUGGGCGGGGUGAUGGGGCAGGGAGGAGUGGAGAAUGGGGAGGGUGGGGAGGGUGGGGAGUGGGAGCGGGUGGCGGCAUGGAGCCAGGCAGCGUGGGCAGUGGAGGAGCAACGACUCACUGUGUUGCCCGUGGUAGUGCCUUCAUUCGAUUUUCUGGCCCGGGCGGCAAGGGGAAAGGUGCUGGUGCUGCUGACAGGGGCGAACGCAGAGGCGGUGGUGAGGAGGGCGCAGGGGGGCCUGGGGCAGGACGCUGGGAGCUGUGAGUGGCUGCUGGCGCUGCACAGCGCGUUUCAGGGGGAUGCCAGGCUGGCUGUGGCUGGGUUCAUGGGAGGAGAGGGUGGAGGAGAGGUUGGGAGGGAUGGGAAGGGGUUGGAAGGGGGGAUGGGAGGGGAGGGAGUGGGAGGAAAGGGUGGUGGUGGUGAGGCUGGGGUGGGUGGUGUGAGAGAGGGAGGAGUGGAACAGUGGAUGAGGGAGUGGGGCGACUUGGGCAGGGAGUGGCACAGCGCUGCCAACCUCACAGGCCCCAGCAGCAGUGGUAGCAGCACCCCGCCCCCUCCUCUGACCUACACGGGGUGGGUGCAGGGCACACCUCUAGCCGUCCGCCGCUCUGCCCUCCUCUCCCUGGGCUCGCUUGGACCCCUGCAUGGGGGAGGGAUGGGGGGAGCAGGCGAGGGGCAGGGGGGUGCGAGCAGCAGCAGCAGCAGCAGCAGCAGCAGCAGCAGCAGGGUAGGAGCGUGGGUGCUGUGUGUGAGGGCGUGGCUUGCAGGGUAUCGUGUGGGGCUCGUCCGCUCACCCUCUGCCGAGUUCCUCUUUCCAAAGCAUGAUGCUUCUGGUGCAGGGUCUAGGGUGGGUGGGGGAAGCAAUAAUUGGGGGAACGUUGGGGUGGGAAGUGGUUCGGGUGCUGCUGCAGGGUUACACGAGUUUGCUGCACUUGUCGCUCCUUAUAUGCAUGCUGCGAAAGAAAGAAUAGCCGUCUUGAAUUCACACUAA